CCGGCCUAAUAACACGACCUGCCUGCCUGCCAAAAUGGGGUUGACAAAGUUUUUGCUAGCCCUAUGCAUCAUAGGCUUAACCUCAACUCAUGUCUCCCCAGCUCCCCCAAAGGACCGAAAAGAGUACGUGGAUGCACACAAUGCAGUUCGUGCCGAGGUUGGUGUUCCGCCGCUCAAAUGGAACCACACCCUCGCAAUCUACGCUCAGAACUACACUGAUUCGAGGAUCGAAAAAUGCGAGUUUGAGCAUUCGGAUUAUAAUUCCGUAAACUAUGGAGAAUGCAUUGCAGAAGGUUGGGAGGAGUUGAAGCCUAAAGAUGCGGUGGCGGCGUGGGCGAAGGAGAAGCCAAACUACGACUACAAAUCCAACUCUUGUGUUAAUGGUGAGUGCGGGCAUUACACGCAGCUCGUUUGGCGCGACACAAAGGUUAUUGGGUGUGCCCGGGCGAAGUGCCGCAGUAAGUGGAUGUUCGUCAGUUGCAACUAUUAUCCCCCGGGAAAUUGGGACGGCAUGCGUCCGUACUAAAUUAAUAUUUUUGCUUGUAAUCAUGCAUGAUUAAUUACCUAGCUAUGAGCUAGUACGAUGUUGCUGAGUAGUAAUAUUCCAUAUGUGUCUUUUAUGUAUAUGACAUGCGUGUACAAACCUAAGGCCAUCUAAUCAGCAAUUUAUUUAAUGCAAUUUAU